ACCAUCAUUACCCACCAUGGACGACAUCGAGAGCCGGCGGGCUGCAAGCUCGUCUGCGACUCAAGACAAAAAACGGCAGCGUAGGAGAGGCAAUCGGAACCGGUUUCCAACAUCCUCAAACGCCUCAAUUCAACCAUCCCAGCCUCAGCCUCCUCUUCCUCCUGCCGCACCCGAGAUCAAGCCCUCUGGGCUAAAUGGCCUCUUCGACGAUGAUCAUGGCGGUGAAGCGCAGCCAAUCGCGACCUCUUCUAAGUCUCCUAUCAGCUUGAAUGAUGCAUCGCCCAGUAGCUCUAGUAGCGAUGAGGGAAAGCCCCCUCUCAUCGCCACUUCGGCCACGCCUCCUCAUAAGAGACGCAAGAAGAAAGGAUCGAGCGUUCAACUUCAAGAGACCUUACCUACCCAGCAGCAGGCAACUCAUGCUGUGCCAAUCAUGGGUGGCGUACGAGCACGUAUGAUGGCACAGGACAAGGAGAGACAAGAGUACCGUCUUGAUGAGGAGCAAGAUACCCAGGCCUCGCAAGACGAAGCUGUCGUCCCGGCAAGCGCGGCAUCGCAAGCCGCAUACAAGCAAUUAGAGAAGUCUCUCGCCGACGCUCGCAAGGCACGGUCCGACGCCGACGCCGAGUUGACGAGAUUGCGUAACGAGAUGCGAUUCAAGAACGAAGUCAUCGCAGCGCAGAGCUCUUCCCUCUCCUAUCUACACAACCAAGCCACAUGCACCAUCUGCCUCGAGCUUUCUUGGCGUCCUCACGUCCUCACCCCGUGUGGUCACUCAUUCUGCGCCCGCUGCCUCAUCGACUGGUUCAAGCGCCCACUCCCCGACGAGGAUCCCAUCCCUUCCUUCUACGACGCGGAGCAACGUCAAAGGCUCGAACAGCAAGCUACUCAUCGCCGCAAAAAGAUUUGCCCCCACUGCCGAACCAAAGUUGUAGGACCACCCGCCGAGAUCUGGGCCGUCAAGGGAAUGGUGGACCGAUUGCACCAAUCUCACAUGCUUGGCCACAUGGCCGGCUCCGGCGCAGGCGACGACCAUCAUCAUCACCACCUGGGCGCAGUCGUCAUCCGCACACCAGACGAAGAGGCCAAAUUCCGUGGCGAGGACCUCGCGUCUGGUGAAGACCUCUGGUCUCCCAUCUUUGACAUCAAUGGACCCCGCGAGCGCAUCUUUGACGAAGGAGAUCUCAUCUGGCGUUGUGGGUACUGCACGGGGGAGAUUGCAUGGGGCGAAUGCCAGAAUUGCCACCGUGCGUACACGAUGACCGACGAUGGUGAAGAUGAAGACAUUGAUGGCUUGGGGUAUGACGAUUAUUCAAGUGAGGGGGCGGGAGAUGAGGACGAGAGCGGGGAGAGUGAGGUUGGAGAGGUGCUUGAGAGGAUUGCGAAUGGGUAUCGCCUCGACAAUGCGUACGGCGGACAUCACGACGAGGAUGAGGACGAUGAGGAGGCAGAGAUGGGAUCCUUUAUCGUCAGCGAUGCAGAUGGGUCCGUCAUGGGCACAGAGCACAGCGCAGGCUCCGACGAAAGCGAAGAUGGUCUCGAACUUGUGGGCCAUGAGCACUCGUACGCCCAUCAUUAUGGCGGUCCCUCAGCUUCAAGUCGCCGGCGCUAUGGCUACUCGGACGACGAGGAAAACUUUGACUCCGAUGACGACCACGACGACAAUGUAUCCGCUGCCUCUGGCUCCUCGUCCUCGAUCCAGAGCUCGCAGUCUUACUCGCACCGCACAGCUCCAAGGCACCACCGUGGCUCUCAGCGACGUCUUACCGUCCCCGACGACGACGAUGAGGAAGAGGGAGAUGAGGCUAAUGUCAACACAAUGCUCGAUGGGCAUCGUGGCUCAAGUGGCAGUAACAGCGGUCCAAGUGGACGUCGCAGGGUUGCGGUGCAGGUCUCCUUCAAUGACGACGACGACGAGAGUGAGGGAGAAGACGAGAUCGUCAGCGCAGCAGAGGAGGAUGAGGACGAGGAUGGGGGCGAGGACGGGGACGGGGAAGGGGACGAGGACGGGGCAAGCAGUGGCGUGGGUCACGGAAGACCAACCAGCUACAGGAGUCACGGUGCGGUUGCUGGCCGUGCCAGUGGGAGGCACGCACGUCGCCCUACGGUGGUGACUGACAGCGACGAGGAACAGGACAGCGACGAUGACAUGGCGCAGGCCAGAGCUAGAAUGAGCGCAAUGUAUGAACAGCCUCGACGUGGCACUGGUUCCCGGUACAACUACGAUGAAGAAGAGGAAGAUGACGAAUACUACUGAGAGGUGCGUACAGAAGAAGGAAGCACCCGGCGAUACCAUACGCCCGCUCAAGAUCUCACCAGGAAGUCCAGAAGCUGGCCAGCAAAGGAGCAUCGUCAAGCGCUCAAAGACUGACUCGACCACUCGGCGGUCUCUCCUCGUUCUCCCAGUCCUCUGAAGACUCUACAGUCUUAGCGGCUCAGACGACAAGAAAUCCCAAAGCAGAGACUGUGUCGCUCUGUUCUCCCUAUCCUUUCGAGGACUUUUGGCCAUCCUUGACAUCUCAUUUGUUCAUCUGUAUCUGUACCUCUAUCAUUCAUUCGCCAAUCCUCACUCCACCUUCUCGAUCCCGCGAAUCCACGCACGACCACCUCUCCACACAAUUUCGAGAUAGCAAGCUGUGGCAAUGAUUGAGCGAGACCGGCAAAGAAAAUCUCGCUCACGAAAAAGUGCUGC